AUGGCAGCAGCAACUCUCACCGUCUCAACUGAAAAACGUGAAGACAAUCUUGAAACAUACUCUCUGGUUUGGCUUGAACCUGCAGUAAAUAAAGUUAAGGAAUUUAUUGAAGCUCAAAGUCGACUUCGUAAAUUAAUCAAUCAUCUCCAGACAUUUGAAGAUGUUGAACAAUGCGAGUCGUAUAUAAAAUCUGUAUCCAAAGAAAAUCGAAUUAUCUUCAUUUCUAAUGAUCGAUUGGGUCAAGAAGUUGUACCUCGAAUUCAUUUACUACGUCAAAUAUUUACCAUCUAUAUCUUUAAGUCAGAUAAUAAACGAAGUAAUGAUUGGACGAAAAACUUCGAGAAGGUUAAAGGUAUUGGCAUGCAAUUGAAUGGACUAGUUGAUCAAAUUCUAUCGGAUCAAACAACAAGAACGCGAACGAAAGUUGAUGAAAUGUUUUCAAUCAAUAUUUUCAAUACAAAGAGUCAUCAAGAAAAGUCAACAACAGGACUCAAUGGUCAAUUCGUCUAUUCGCAAUUAUUAAUCGAUCGUCUGCUCAGUAUGAAGCCGAAAACAACUGAUAGAAAUGAAUUUAUUAGUCUAUGUAAGACAUAUUAUAAAGAUAACUCAAGUGAACUAUCCAUUAUUCAAGAAUUUGAAAAUGAUUAUGUACCGAAUCGUGCACUAUGGUGGUACACGAGAGAAUCGUUUCUCUAUCGACUAAUGAACAAAUCUCUUCGAACUCAAGAUAUUGAUUUACUUUUUCUUUUUCGAUUUUUCAUCCGUGAUAUUCAUCAACAACUUCAAGAACUUCAAUGUUCAACUCCACUUCGUGUGUAUCGAGGUCAAGUAGUAUCAAAUGAUGAAUUGGAAACAUUAAAAACUUCGCUGGGACAAUUCAUCUCAAUGAAUUCGUUUCUUUCGACAAGUCUUGAUCGUCGACUAGCUCUAUCGUUUCUUACUAGUUCGACAGUGUCGGGUGAUUUUCAACGUAUUCUAUUCGAAAUCGAUCUCGAUCCGACACUUGAGGGUAUCAAACCAUUUGCUAACAUUACAUCAAACAGUUUUUUUGCUGACGAACAAGAAGUACUGAUUAUGUUAGGGUCGAUAUUUCAACUUGUUAAAAUUGAUUAUCAAGAUCGAGUAUGCAUCGUUCAAAUGACAUUGUGUAGCGAUAAGGACAAUAGUUUAAAACCAAUUUAUGAUUAUAUGAAGAAUGAAUAUGAUGAUUAUGAUGGUGGUGAUACAGAAUCCAGUGUUUUUUCAUUUGGUAUUCUAUUAUUUAAAAUGGGAGAAUACGAUAAAGCCGAGAAAUAUUAUAACCAUUUACUAACUGAAUUACCUCCGGGUGAUAAAGAUUUAGGUCCUUGCUAUCACAAUCUGGGUAUGAUAGCUAAUCAUAAAGGUAACUAUGAUUCAAGUCUCAAAUGGUUCAAGAAAGCGCUUGAAUUGUAUAAUCAAACACGUAAAUGUGACGAUCCUGCUAUAGCAACAACUUGCAAUAGUAUUGGUGAAGUUUAUUUUCGAAAAGGAAAUCGUAAGGAUGCACUCGAAUCAUUUAAAAAAGCAUUAGAUAUUCGGAAAAAAGCAUUCGGAGAAGAAAAUAUUCAGGUUGCCAUGUGUUAUCAUAAUAUGGGCAAUGCUUAUCAAGAAGAAAAGAACUUUCAACAAGCAUUUGAAUGUCAUCAAAAAUCGUUGAUGAUUCGUCAAAAACAUCUACCUACUGAUCAUCCCGACAUAGGUUCAUCCGUACAUUGUAUUGCUGGUAUUUAUUUAUGCUUGAAUUAUCCUGAUCUUGCUUUGCAAUAUUAUAAUAAGGCAUUAGAAAUCUACCAGAAAUCUCUUCCUAGUCAACAUCAAGAUAUUGCAAUGGCGCACUACAAUCUUGGUCUUCUUUACGCUGGCAAAGAAGAAUUUCAACAGGCAUUAACAAAUUUUCAGAAAGCAUCAUCCAUAUUUCAUGUAACGUUACCUUCAACACAUCCGUUUAUUGGCAUUGUCAGUCAAGACAUUCAACGCAUGUCCGAUAAACUCAAAUGA